AUGCACUGUCUUCGGCAGGAAGUUUUGCCCCCCAGCGGCGUCGAAUUUGUGGCAUCCCUCAAGUUCACGCCUUCAACGCUUUCCGAGGCUGGUCCAUCGUCCCAAGCUGGUCGGACGCUCUUCAAUGUCGUCGUGGCGCGCUCAAGUCUCCUCCGUAUAUUCGAAGUCAGGGAAGAGCCUGCACCUGUAUCCACGCAGAAGGAAGUGGAGAAGGAACGACGCGCUGCAGUAAGGAAGGGGACGGAGGCGGUCGAGGGUGAGGUCGAGAUGGACACGUCGGGAGAGGGCUUCGUAAACAUGGGCACGUCUGCUGGCUUGAACGGCGCAGCGCAUCCGCCUACUGUCAACCGCUUUUACCUUGUGCGCGAACAUCGCCUGCACGGCACUGUCACUGGUCUUGAAGCUGUCCGGACGGUGCACUCCCUGGAUGAUAAGUUGGAUAGGCUUCUAGUUUCUUUCAAGGAUGCAAAGAUUGCACUCCUUGAAUGGUCUCUUUCCUUACACGACGUUAUCACGGUCUCGAUUCAUACGUACGAGAGGGCUCCGCAACUGAUCGCUAUCGACUCCCCUCUAUUCCGGUCAGAGCUUCGUGCAGAUCCCCUGUCCCGAUGUGCCGCCCUCUCUCUCCCAAAAGAUUCCCUUGCAAUUUUGCCGUUCUAUCAGAGCCAGGCCGAGCUAGAUAUCCUUGAACAGGAGGCCAGCCAAGCGAGGGACGUCCCUUACUCUCCUAGUUUCAUCCUGGAUCUCGCGAAUGAUGUUGACAAGCGCAUCCGGAACGUCAUUGAUUUCACGUUUCUUCCCGGAUUCCAUAAUCCCACCGUUGCGGUGCUCUGCCAGUAUCAGCAGACGUGGACCGGGCGGCUGAAGGAAUACAAAGACACUGUCGGACUGUAUAUAUUCACCCUCGACUUCGUCACGAACAACUACCCAGUCAUCACCGCCGUCGAUGGUUUGCCUUACGACUGCUUCGCCUUGACUCCCUGCUCUACGGCCAUUGGAGGCGUGGUCAUACUGGCUAGCAACGCUGUCUUGUUCGUCGAUCAAUCUGGCCGCCGUGUCAUUCUUCCUGUCAACGGCUGGCCGCCGAGGGUCAGCGACUUACCAAUGCCUCCCCUCACGGCCCAAGAGCAGACGCGUGACCUGCAGCUGGAAGGGGCUCGCUUCGUAUUCGUGGACGACAAGAAGCUGUUCCUGAUCCUGAAGGACGGUACUGUAUACCCCAUUGAGCUCAUACAAGACGGAAGGACGGUGUCGAAGCUGACCAUGUCGGAUGCGCUCGCGAGAACGACCAUCCCAGCUGUUGUGAAGAGGAUCGGCGACGACCACAUCUUCAUUGGUAGUAUCGUCGGACCAUCGGUUCUUCUCAAGACGGCAAGGGUGGAGGAAGAGAUACAUGACGAGGACGUAGCUAUGGCGGAAGGGCCUGCGACGGUUGUGGAUACGUCGAAGACUGUGGACAUGAUGGAUGACGAUGACGACCUAUACGGACCGUCAACGAUUGCGGACCAGCCUGCAGCUAACGGUACAGCCAACGGUGCCGUAGACAACGUCCGGACACGCACUGUUGUGCACCUUUCACUCUGCGACGCCAUACCCGCACACGGCCCAAUAUCCGACAUGACCUUCGGCCUGUCUCGAAAUGGGGAUCGACUCGUUCCGGAGCUCGUCGCCGCUACUGGUUCGGGACAUUUGGGAAGCUUCAGCCUAUUCCAAAGAGACAUGCCGACGCGAUUCAAGCGCAAGCUGCAUGCCAUUGGCGGUGGUCGAGGAAUGUGGUCGUUGCCUGUCCGGCAGCAAGUCAAAACUGGGGGCACGACCUUUGAGCGGCCCUCCAACCCGUUUCACGCAGACAACGAUACUGUAAUUAUCAGCACCGACGCAAACCCAUCCCCUGGAUUGUCUCGAAUUGCCACUCGCUCCUCCCAUUCCGAUAUCACCAUCACGACACGAAUACCAGGGGUGACCCUCGGUGCCGCGCCUUUUUUCCAGGGCACUGCUAUUCUGCAUGUCAUGUUCAACGUAACCAAUGUCAUCAGAGUGCUCGAGCCAGAUGGGACGGAGCGUCAGAGCAUCAAGGACCUGGAUGGGAACGCCGCCAGGCCAAGGAUCAAGUCCUGCAGCAUCUGCGACCCGUUCAUCCUCAUCAUCCGCGAGGAUGACACUAUUGGGCUGUUCAUAGGAGAGAUUGAGAGGGGAAAAAUUCGACGCAAGGACAUGUCUCCGAUGGGCGAGAAGACCUCCAAGUACCUUGCAGGUUACUUUUACACAGACACAAGCGGCCUGUUCCAAACGUUUCUCAAUGCAGAGGCGCCUGGAGAGGCUGCGACGUCGACGCUGCAGGGCGCUAUGAACGCAGGAAACAAGACUCACUGGCUCACACUUGUCCGUCCGCAGGGCGUGGUCGAGAUCUGGACGCUUCCGAAGCUCACACUUGCCUUCUCCACGACGACGCUGGCUACCCUGGACCCGGUAAUUAGUGACUCGCUGGAGCCUCCUGCCCUGUCGCUGCCGCAGGAUCCGCCAAGAAAGCCACAGGAGUUAGACGUUGACCAGCUCGUCAUCGCCCCUUUGGGAGAGUCGCAUCCCCGUCCGCAUCUCAUUGUGCUACUGCGGUCAGGGCAAUUAGCGAUCUACGAGGCCGUCGCAGCGUCUCCUCCCGCGGACCCUCUGCCCCCAACUCGAUCCUUGACUCUUCUCGUCAAUUUGGUUAAGGUCAAGUCGAAGGCGUUUGAUAUACAGCACACAGAAGAAGAGCAGAAGUCGGUGCUCGCCGAGCAGAAGCGCAUUUCGCGCCUUCUGUUGCCCUUCGUGACCUCCCCUGCGCCUGGUCAGACGUACUCUGGAGUCUUCUUUACUGGCGAUCGACCAAGCUGGAUUGUCUCCACUGACAAAGGUGGCGUGCGGGUAUUCCCCUCUGGCCACAAUGUCGUGCACGCGUUCACGACGUGUUCGCUCUGGGAGUCCAGAGGGGACUUCCUGCUCUACUCUGAGGAGGGCCCUAGUCUGGUCGAGUGGAUGCCUGACAUUAUCUUGGACGCCCAUUUGCCUGCGCGCUCCGUCCCACGCUCACGGCCAUACUCACACGUCGUGUUCGAUGCCUCCAGCUCGUUGAUAGUUGCAGCCUCGUCGUUCAUGAACCGAUUCGCGUCAUAUGAUGAAGAUGGGAACAUCGUCUGGGAACCUGAUAGCCCGAACAUCUCGUUCCCCCACUGCGAAACCUCUACACUAGAGCUUAUCUCUCCUGAUGGCUGGAUCACAAUGGAUGGGUAUGAGUUCGCCGCGAACGAGUUCGUGAGCUGCGUUGUGUCUGUGCCGCUUGAGACCGUGAGCACGGAGUCUGGAAUGAAGGACUUUAUCGCGGUCGGCACCACGAUCAAUCGAGGCGAGGAUCUCGCAGUCAAGGGCGCGGUAUACAUUUUCGAGAUCGUCGAAGUGGUGCCGGACGCGAGCUUGAACAUCAAGCGGUGGUGGAGACUGAAGCUCCUAUGCCGCGAUGAUGCGAAGGGGCCCGUCAGCUUCCUCUGCGGCAUGAACGGAUAUCUCGUCUCCUCCAUGGGGCAAAAGAUCUUCGUGCGCGCGUUCGACCUGGAUGAACGCUUAGUAGGUGUGGCGUUCCUCGAUGUAGGGGUAUAUGUCACCUCCCUGCGAGCAGUCAAGAACCUCCUGGUGAUUGGCGACGCCGUGAAGAGCGUUUGGUUUGUGGCGUUUCAGGAGGACCCGUACAAACUCGUGAUCCUCGGGAAGGACCCCCACCAUUGCUGCGUCACAAGAGCCGACCUGUUCUUUGCCGACGGGCAUUUGUCUAUCGUGACGUGUGACGAAGAAGGCGUAGUCCGACUCUACGCCUAUGAUCCUCAUGACCCCGAAUCAAAGGGCGGGCAGCACCUUCUCCGCCGGACUGAAUUCCACGGCCAGACGGAGUAUAGGAGCUCGCUGCUGGUCGCACGGCGCCCAAAGGCUGGAGACCCGGAGAUACCGCAGGCGCGGCUCAUUUGCGGCUCGGUCGACGGCUCCCUGACGACGCUCACAUACGUCGACGAGAAUGCGUUCAAACGCCUUCAUCUGCUGCAGGGACAGCUGAUUCGGACUGUGCAGCAUGUGGCGGCUCUCAACCCCAAAGCGUUCCGCAUGGUGCGGAACGAGUAUGUCUCGAGGCCGCUAUCAAAGGGCGUGCUGGACGGAAACCUGCUGGCGACAUUCGAGGACCUGCCCAUAGGCCGGCAGAACGAAGUCACGCGCCAGAUUGGCACAGACCGGGCGACGGUGCUCAAGGACUGGGUGUCCCUGGUCGGCUCGUGGUGAUCUGGCGUAGGCUGCAGGAGGAUCCUGGGCUAGUCUGCUGUAAUUCUGAG